AUGACUGACAACCAGGAAACCCCCGACGCGGAGGACACGACUCUGUCCGGGAGCGCGACCUUGCCGCUCCGGCCGCCCUGCGAGCGCCUCUCCUGCCAUAAGAGCAGCGUGUGCUCCCGCUCCUACUUCGUGGUGGUGAUGGUGUUUUUUCACGUCUACAUCAUUAACGUGAUCGCGCUGCUCUUCUACGUGCACUACAGCAGCGGCCAGGAGGAUGCGAGCCGGAGUCGUGAUGCUCCGAGCGGCGGCGGCGGCGGCGGCGGCGGCCACCAGCGCCCCGAGUCGCGACGUCCGCCAUCGAAAGCAGAGUUUCUGCGCGACGUUUCCCUGACGAGGAUCGAGGGGAUCAGGGUGGGACACGUCCAGAAGGUGUCACUGGUGCCGGGCAAAGUGCACGAGAUGCGGACCCUGAGCCUGAAACCUCUGCUGUUUGAGAUCCCCGGGUUUCUGUCAAAGGACGAGUGCCGCGUGGUGAUGCAGCUGGCUCAGCUGAAGGGUCUGAUGGAGAGCCAGCUGAUGGUCCAAGACGGUCAGGAGGAGCUGGCCAAGGAGCUCAACCUCAGCCCAGAGGAGAUCUUUAACCUGCUGGACAUCAACCAGGAUGGACAGUUGCAGCUUCAUGAGAUACUGACUCACUCUCGAGUGAGGGACGGCAUCUGGCUCACGCCGGAGAAUCUCAGAGAAAUCUACGCCGGACUCAAAGCUGACAAGGACGAUAACGGUUUACUGAGUCUGGAAGAGUUCAGGCUUCUGAGCAACGACGCCUUCCAGCGCUUCCUGCUGCAGCAAGGGGUGAAGAGGAGUCAGCUGGUGAGGAACAGCCAACACACGUGGCUCUACCAGGGAAAAGGGGCGCACCAGGUCCUCCAAGACAUCAAGGCGAGGGUGACUCGCCUCACUCGCCUCCCACCCACAUUGGUGGACCUCAGCGAGCCGCUCCAGGUGGUCCGCUACGAGGAGGGGGGGCACUACCACGCCCACCACGACAGCGGCCCCGUCUACCCCGAAACGGCGUGCACACACACACGCCUGGCAGCCAACACCUCCACUCCCUUUGAGACGUCGUGCAGGUACAUCACAGUUCUCUUCUACCUGAACUCUGUUGAUGGGGGCGGGGAGACCGCAUUCCCUGUGGCAGACAACAGGACCUAUGACGAAGUGUCUCUCAUACAGAAUGACGUGGAUCUUCUGGACACCAGGAGGAACUGUGACAAGAGUAACUUGAGAGUGAAGCCAACCAGGGGCACGGCGGUUUUCUGGUACAACUACCUCUCUGAUGGAAGAGGUUGGGUGGGGGAGCAGGAUGAAUACGCUCUGCAUGGAGGCUGUAUGGUCACACAAGGCACUAAGUGGGUCGCCAAUAAAUGGAUCAAUAUUGAUCCGGACUACCAGCGGCAGGCUCGCUAUCAGCAGUUGGUGUCACAGCAGCAAGAGGACGAGGAUGACGAAGGUCUGCCUCUGAACACAGACAUACAGAGUCCCAGCAUCCAUCAAGACUUGUAGCUCAUAUGCCAAAUUUAUAUAGAACAAAAAAUCUUCUUCCUCGCCUUCCUCAGUCCUGUGCACAACGUUUCUGGUGACAUCCUCUGUGGCCGGUAUGUAGAGACAAGAUUUAUUCAGGGAAUGAGGUCACAGUGGGUUUAUGCAACAGUAAAGAGAUGCUUUUGUUAAAUAUUGCUUGGAUAUUGCGAUCCUGUUAUUUUCUAUCUACUAUAAUUUUCCAUUUUAGGAGUGUCGCACAAGACGCUCAGUCAAGGAGUUGUGAUUUUAAAAAAACAAAAACAAAAAAGAAGCAAACUUUCCUUUGCAUGCAUUACCUUCAACACGUUUUGCUGUUGCCAUGAGCAAAAAUUGCACUUGAAAACUGAAAUGACAGUUGUAAACACUUCAAUGUCCUACCUUGUUAUUGCUGCCAUUACCAAAAAUAGGCUCACACACUGUCAGUGUGAUGCAUGUUGCCUUGUCUCUGCUCCUCGGAUUCCUCGUUAUUCUCUUCUUGUAGAAUGCACAAACACAUUAAAAUGCACAAGGUAUUGCUCAGAUGUUCAGAUUCCAUUUUAUUUAUUUACGAUGUCAAAAUGUUCCGUCUCCUACACUGAAUAAAGUUAAAUGAAGCUCU